CUUUCUACCAAACGACAACGAAACUUUCUCAACCUUAGACCCCGUUCACUUUUCCAAUCUCUACGUAACGAUUCCACAUAUCCAACUUCAAAAUGUUGGAAGCACGUCUCGAGCAGGCUGAUGUGCUGAAGAAGGUCGUCGACGCAAUCAAGGAUCUCGUCCAAGACUGCAACUUCGACUGCAAUGACUCCGGUGUUGCCCUUCAAGCCAUGGACAACUCGCACGUCGCGCUCGUCUCCAUGAUGCUCAAGGCAGAGACGUUCUCCCCAUACCGAUGCGACCGUAACGUUGCCCUUGGCGUCAACCUCACAUCCCUCACCAAAGUCCUACGUGCUGCACAGGGCGAGGAUAUCCUAACAAUCAAGGCUGAGGACGCUCCCGAUGUCUUGAACUUGGUUUUCGAGAGCAGCGAGAGUGACCGGUUGAGCGAGUAUGACUUGAAGCUUAUGGAUAUCGACCAGGAGCAUUUGGGUAUUCCAGAUACGGAAUAUGCUGCUACGAUUUCCAUGCCUUCUUCAGAGUUCAAGAGAAUCUGCAUGGAUUUGAUGGCUCUCUCUGAAUCAGUCUCGAUCGAGGCAUCCAAGGAUGGUGUCAAGUUCUCCUGCUCUGGUGAUAUUGGCAAUGGUGCUGUCACUCUUCGAAGCCACAGCAACGUCGAGAAGCCAGAACUGAACGUCGAAAUUGAGCUCACCGAACCCGUCUCUUUGACCUUCUCCCUUAAAUACCUCGUAAACUUCUGCAAGGCUUCUGGACUUUCCAAGACUGUCAAGCUUUGCUUGUCCAAUGAGGUUCCUCUCUUGGUUGAAUAUAACUUGGCCGGAAGCAGUUACCUGAGAUUCUACUUGGCUCCAAAGAUCGGCGAUGACGAAUAGACGAGAUAAUGGCGGGAUGUUAAUACAUAAUGGCACGAGGGUAGAGCAUAUAUCAUGCGGCGUGAAGGUUGACUUUAAGGAUAUGGACGAAUUGCUCUUUAGUCAACAUGCAUUGGGGAUCCUGAAGCAAAUUCUGAAUUUUCCUGUACCCAAGACUACGCGUUUAUGACAUGAAGAAAAGCACACUUUCAUCCAAAAUCCUCUCCGCACAAAUGGG